CCAUAAUACCUUAAUAUUUCAAAUAUCCAGAGGGAGUAACCUCUCAAUUUAAAGCUUCAAUUAUAUUCUUGAUUUUUCACAUUUCUAUAUCCACCUCUACCAUAUAUAUCCACAAACCUCUUUUAAUCUAAACUUUCAAAAAUAUCUAUAUUAGAUUUCCCUCUUUCUUUCUUUCUCUCUCUGCCUUUUGCACACUUUGCUCUGCCUUCAUCGUUCACUUCCCAAAAACACUACCAAAUUCAUGGGUCUUAGAGACAUUGGUGCUUCACUGCCCCCAGGGUUUCGCUUUUAUCCCAGUGAUGAGGAGUUGGUCCUUCAUUACCUCUACAAAAAGGUCACAAAUGAAGAAAUUCUCAAGGGUACCCUCAUGGAAAUCGACUUGCACACAUGCGAGCCAUGGCAACUUCCAGAGGUGGCUAAGCUUAACGCAAACGAAUGGUACUUCUUCAGCUUUCGUGAUCGCAAAUAUGCAACCGGCUACCGGACCAAUCGCGCAACGACAUCUGGGUAUUGGAAAGCCACGGGAAAGGAUCGUACGGUGUUCGACCCCUCCACGCGUGAGGUUGUAGGGAUGAGGAAGACUUUGGUGUUCUACAGGAACAGGGCCCCGAAUGGCAUCAAAACGUGUUGGAUCAUGCACGAGUUUCGGUUGGAGACGCCACAUAUGCCCCCUAAGGAGGACUGGGUUUUGUGUAGAGUGUUUCACAAAGGCAAAUCAGACAACAGUGCCAAACUAAACUCACAACUCAUGUAUGAGAACACAGUUCCAUCCCUAACUCUGGCUUCGUCAUCUCCAACCAACCAAACCAUUGGGUAUAACCAACUUCCCCAUUUCUCUUCCUCAAUCACACCCCAUCACAAUCAUCAUCAUCAUCAAAAUCAAAAUCAAAGCCAAACCCAAAACAACAACUCCUUCAUGGGCCUCCUUCACUUUUCUAGGGAAACAAAUGCAAACUCUAGCACCAUCACUCAGAUAAGUCCCAAAUGUGAUGAUGGGUAUGGGUUUCUAUGGGACAUGGAGAUCGAAGAAAAUAGCUUCCAUGAUGGCGUGGCCUCCAACAUGGUCGACGGAAUGAGAUUCGAGGUUGAUAAUAAUAGUGUGGUCUUGUUAUGAAAAACCAGAAACAAAAAAAAAAAUGAAA